AUGUUCAGGUUUGUGUGCCUCAUCCUGCUCCUGGGCUAUGCCCAAAGUUGUGGCCAUCCUUACUUCCCACCUCUCGUCUCCCGAGUAGUAGGGGGUGAAGACACCAGACCCCACAGCUGGCCUUGGCAGAUCUCCCUCCAAUACAGCAGAAAUGGAGCCUGGCGUCACACAUGUGGGGGGACCCUCAUUGCUACCAACUGGGUCCUGACGGCAGCUCACUGCAUCAGCAAAAGCAACACCUACAGAGUUGUUCUGGGGAAACAGAACCUGAAACAAGAGGAACUUGGUGCUGUGACUGUUGGUGUAGAGAAGAUCAUUGUCCACGAGAGAUGGAUCUCCCUACUUGUCAUCAACGACAUUGCCCUGAUCAAACUAGCUGAGCACGUGGUACCGAGUGAAACGAUCCAGCCUGCCUGCCUGCCACCAGCAGGCGAGCUUCUGCCCCAAGGCUUCCCCUGCUAUGUCACUGGAUGGGGACGGCUCUCAACCAACGGUCCCAUCUCUGAUGACCUCCAGCAGGCACUUCUGCCCAUCGUGGAUUAUGCCACAUGUUCUCAGCCAGCCUGGUGGGGCAGUAUGGUCAGGAAGACCAUGGUCUGUGCAGGAGGAGAUGGAGUCACUUCUGCGUGUAACGGUGACUCUGGAGGCCCACUGAACUGCUAUCACGGUGACGUAUGGCAGGUGUUUGGCAUUGUGAGCUUUGGGUCUGCUGAGGGCUGCAACACGCUGAACAAGCCGACUGUCUUCACUCGGGUGUCCGCCUACAUCGACUGGAUACACAAGGUGGGUGUUGGCAUGUUAGAGCAGAGCUCUGGGGGCUCAGUUUGGUUUCUGACCUUGGAUUAA